GAGGAAGCACCUUAAACAUUUCUAAAGGGUGGAGCAGAAUGUCUACCUGUCACAAGCAACUCUGUCCUUCAGCAGAACAACACAUGAAGACAUGGUCAAAUUAUCAUUUCUGCUGCUUCUUGUGUGUUGUGUUUCAUCAGUGAAACACUCCCUGAAGUAUUUACUCACUUUAACUACCGGCAUCAGAGACUUCCCAGAGCUGGAAGGGGCUUUGGUGAUUGAUGACCUUCAGGCGACUUACUGCUACAGUGACAGACGGCUGGUAGUCAGUCACGAUGCAUGGAAAAAACUGAUUGAUGAAUACAAGCUGCAUGAUCAGAUUACUCGUCAGUGUUUUGAGGUCCUGCCUAGACUCUACAGAACCAGGCUUUAUAAUAUCAUGGAGCACUUUAACCAAAGCGGAGGUGUUCACACUUUACAAGUGGUACGUGGCUGUAACUGGGAUGAAGAAACUGGGGAGACUAAUGGUUAUAUGAUCUGUGGUUAUGACGGAGAAGACUUGAUGCAGUUGGACCUGAAGACACAGACAUGGAUCCCUCUGAAACCAGACAUUACCUCCAUCAAACAGACAUGGGAUGCUGACAGAUCUUCAAAUCUAGAGCGUGUGGACUUCAUCACCCAAAUCUAUCCUCUGUGGCUGAAGUCAUAUUUGGGUUAUAAGAACAACUCCCUCCUGAGAACAGUUUCCCCUUCAGUGUCUCUGCUCCAGAAGUCUCCCUCCUCUCCAGUCAGCUGCUUUGCUACGGGUUUCUACCCAGACACGGCCGACAUGUUCUGGUUGAGAAAUGGAGAACAGAUGCAUGAGGACGUGGACCGUGGAGAGAUCCUCCCCAACCCUGAUGGAACCUUCCAGAUGAGGGUUGACCUCUACCUUUCAUCAGUGAAAGCUAAAGACUGGAGCAGGUACGACUGUGUGUUUAAACUCUCUGGAGUGAAGGACAACGUCAUCACCAAACUGGACCGAGCUAUGAUCAGAACCAAUGAAGGUUCUUCAGAGAUGUCUAAGUUUGUAGUUGUUGGAUUGGUUUUUCUGGCAAUGGCAGCAGGGAUCAUUGGAGCCGGUAUCUCUAGAUGCCACAAAAAGAAGAAAAAGAACACCAGAAUCCCAACAGAACUAGAAUCAUGGAUGGAUGGAAGAUGAUCGCAGAGGAGGAAACGCUAGUCUGGGCAUUAUGAAAGAAUAGAUACUUACUCAAAUAUUGCCAAACCCUCUGAAGCUCAGACACACACUCUGUAGCUCCACAUGGACACAUCAGCCAUUCACCUGAGGAGCUGCAUCAGGACUGUGAUCUACAGGUCUGUAAUGACUGUAACGCAUCCAACAGGAGUCAAGUCUCUGUCUCUGAGCCAGUAUGUGAAGCUGCUGAACUAAAGUCUGUUACUGAUAGAGAAGCAGAAGCUCUGAGAAUAAUAGCUGAUACCCAUCGUCACGGAGCAGUGGACGAGGGUCCACUUUAAGGAGUGAUGUGAUUCACAGCUUUUAUCAUAAAAUAAAUAGAACUCAGUCUGUUGUCGGUUUGAUAUGAUACGUUGGUGUCAUAACAUACAGGUGACGAACACUGUUUGGAGGCCGACCCCCAAAGUCAUGGAGACAGUGGUGCUAGUUAAUGUUUACACCUUAGUGAAAACUGCCUGUAUCCUGUUCAAAGAAGAUGAAAGUUGUAAAGCAACAAUGUGAGAAAUGACCUUAAGGUCUAAAACAAGUGCUGAGUGUUUGUACAGUAAUGGCUGACAGCAGGUCUGUAAUAAACUGGUUUGAUCAGA